GGAGGCCAAACAAAGCAGAUAGAAGGAAAUUAGGCCAGAAAGCCUAAACAAACGAAAUCCUUAAACAAACAGAGAACUAACCUAAAAUCUCAAAUUCCUCAACUUCUCAAUCAAUAAGAAUAACCCAUUCUCCUUUCUCUUUUCCUUGUAAUCUUAAUUUGCUUUUAAUAAUUUUGAUUGUUGCAGGUUUAACCUAAUGGGCAAGUCUUCUUCUUCUCAUCGAAAGAAACGCGCCAAGAUUUCUUCUCAGGCAGGAACAAGGAAGAGCAGUAAGAGUAAGCCUAAAAGUAGGAAAUAUAGAUCCAAGAAGCUUCGCUGCCGUGAUGAUUCUCCUUCUCAUUCUGAUGACGGUGAUUCGAGAAGUUUAGAAUCUGUUUCGUCUUUUAGUUCUGGUGAUGAUUCUAGAAGUAGAAGGGCUCGGUCCCGCACUAGGAGGGAUCUGAAAGGUAGCAAGAAAAGAUCUCGCAGACGCUCCCAUAGCCAUGACAGCAGCGAGGACUCUCCCCGUCGAAAGAAGAGGAAAUCGGCAAAGAAGAAGAAUGAUUAUGAGGUGAGGAAGAAAUCCCGUUCGAGGAAGAAGCCUAGGAGAAAUGCUAGCAUUAGUUCCAGGAGUAGUGCUUCUUUUAGUUGCUCAACUUGUCCUAGUGGAAGUAUUAGUGGUGAUGAGAUUGAAUCUAAAAAGCAUAGGGGCAGACCUGGAAAACGAAACAGAGGUGAAAGUGAUAUUAACAAGGUUGAAAGUGGGACUAAGAGGGCUAGAUAUAGGUCAAGGAGCUGUUCUUCGCGCAGUCAGUGUAGCAAGCGUGGUGGUGAUAGUCAGAGUGAGGAAAAAGUGACAUUUGAAAACAAUUUGAGGAGGUUGAGAUCAGUUAUUACUGUCACAGAAGAAGACAAGCAUGGCAGAUGGAUGGAUAAGGAUGGGCACAAAGAAGAGAUGGCAUAUGACGAUGAUUACCCUUCUUGUAGAAGUAAUGAUAGUAAUGAUGGAGGGUGCAAGAGGGAGUUGGAUAAUCAUUUACAUGUUGAGAAGAGAACAGGAGUGGAGAGUGGGAAAGAGGAAAAAGCUCUUGUUUCUAAUGUUCCAAUCGAAGAUCUCACAGAUAGUGGUAACGUUUUUGAAAAGGAUUGUGGUGGCCAAGAUGAUGGAAUUAACUCUAGCCGUGAUGGAAUAGGAAUUGCUGGUCCUGUUAGUGAAAAUACGAAAGAGGUUUCUGGGGCAAUUAGUAGUCUGCCAGGUGAAGAUCUGGAGUCAAUUUUAAGACAAAGGGCUUUGGAAAAUUUAAAAAGGUUCAAAGGAAGCCAUCAAAGAAUUCCAGCAGUAACUACUAGUGAGGAAAACAAGAGCAAUAGUGAUUUGAAACAGUCAUCCACUGUAAAGGCUGAUUUUGUUCAAAUAGAAUCCCCAAAGGAGAGUGGUGCUAGAGCGGUUGUUGCAAAGUCCUCCAAGGAGGGUGCUACUGAAAUGGUUGUUGCAAAGUCCUCCAAGGAGGAUGCUGCUGAAAUGGUUGAUGCAACCCAAUUACUAGAAAAGGCCAAUGUGCCGCCGGUGAGAGAUUCCGUUGUUUCUUCCCAAAUUCUUGGAAAGGAACUGGAUAGGACUAGUGGUAGCAAUGAAUUGCAAGAUGUUACUUGCCCAACAUAUCAGGUGGCUCUUGGAAAUUCCGACAAAAAGGUUGACACAACUGCGGUGCUUAAUAAACCGAACUUGGCUUCACCAAAAUUGAGGUGCCACUCAGCAAAAGCUCAUUCCACACGGAAACAAGCAGCUGGUUCACAGGAACCUCCUCAUGAAAGAUUAUUGGUGAUUGAGAAUAGUGUAGAUAAGAGUACUUCUGAGACUGCCCAAACUGUGCCCCAAACCCAAAGUACCUAUAGUAAUGGUGAUGAUAUCAACGACGAUCGUGGUUGUACUGCUCCUGAACCUUUGGGAGAGAAUGGGUCUGAUAAACAGUCAGGUGAGGGUAAGGAUGGCUCACAAUUUGAGCAGAAAACCAUGUCUGUGAUGCGAGGUAGUGAAAUGGUACAGGUGAGUUACAAGGUUUACAUCCCUAAGAAAGCUCCUGGUCUGGCAAGGAGGCAACUCAGGCGGUGAUGUCUCAUCAUCAUUCAGGUGCACAAGUUGCUCUUGAUGAAAGCUCUAAACACAAUUAGAUGGAUCUUCCAAUAAGCUUCAAACAAUAUUCCUUUAAAAAAGGGAUGUGUGCUUUUGGAAAAGUGAUGCUUGAUUGGCCUUUUGUGCAGGCAUUCUGAUCCUCUUGAACAAAGAAAUCUGUGGUUUAGUAGCUGUUUUUGGUAGUUAUAUCAUCCGUCAUGCACUUGGUCACCAGUGUUAUUCAAUAGUUCCUGUUAUAUCAUCCACGUUCGCUAAAAUUUCAUUUCUUUCUUUCUCUUGUUUCUAAUUGUUUCCAGUUUAUGUAACCUGUUCA